AUCUCAUGCCAAUCAACCCCGACAAAAACCUUCCCUCGCAACAUGAGAAGUAUUUGUCCCAAUCUGAUUGUGCAUUAUUGUUCUGUGUUACCAAUGUCCUUAUGCUUCAAGAUAAUUUCAACAGAUCCUAUCUCAUUCUUACGCAAUCCAGUCACGCGCUCCCAUAUCCCUGAGCCUUCCAUUCGCAAAAAAGUUGCCAAGCAACUCCGUAUGUCGUUUGGCAGUACAAUGAGCUUCUGGCUGGAGCUCAUCCCGCAAGUAAUGCCACGCUGGACCAAAGUUCGCAUUGGAAAUGGUGGGGAUCUUAUUCGUGGGGCGAUCGCUCACAGUGCAAGUGUGAACGAACGGAAUUUACACGACGCAUCUUUUGUCCGGUAUGAACUUAACAUCGAUAUCAAAGCACAUCUCCCCAAGGCUGAGCUCGAGUUCGUCCAGCAGGUCUUUUAUGGUCACCUCGAAUAUAUACUUGAAUGUGCCAUUCCACCAAAUAGGGUUUCAAAGAAUGGUGAGCCAAGAAUACACCUUCUUGCUGUAAUCACAACACUGGACACCGAAGGACACGAUGCAACUUCGGAAUUGACAUAUUUCAAAUUGGUCUCCUCAUAUGUCGAGGUUGUGGAUCUAAAUGCUGUAUGUGCCGUUGUUGGCCGACUCAGGGUUGGGAAGGUGGAUCCACGGUGGGCAAUUGUAGAUCGCAGCGGAUCCUGGUCUCGCACUGUAUUCAAGGACGAUUCACUAUCUAUGGGUGCCCAACAGGACAUAGGUUCAUGAUGUACACGUCAUAACGCGCAUUACAAAAUAGUAAUAUUACGACUAAAAGAUUAU